CCCCAAUCUUACUCUUGAUGAUCCUAGUAGUACCACUAAGUAGCGGUAAGGUACCUACGGAUUCUGUAGGGUUCGUUCGGGCAACUUCCUUGUCAGGAGUCUCUGUUUGACAAAUAUGAUCCGGAUCUUUCCAAGCCCGGAUGGUGAAGUGCAAUUCCCGUAUGGUAAGUACGAUCGAUUCGACACGGACGAAAACGCAUAUUCUUUCAGCCUUCGAGACAUGUGCGGACCAAAGCGGCAUUAGAUCAAGGGCCACUUGAGAGCAUGAUUCGACUGCUUUCGAAGUAUGGACUUAGUACUCAGGCAAGGAAAAAGUCGAUACUAGACUCGCUGGGGUUCACCCCGGACUCAUGAGCUGUAUCCCCGGGGAUUGUACUGCAGCUAAGAUAGUUCAGCCUACCAAGAAGGACUGCGUUGGACUCUACUGGACCUGGACCAAUCGACAAGAACUUGAUACCAAGCAUCUAUGAGUCAACUUGGAGCGAAGCUGUCGACACGCAUCCAGGAAGUCACAUGCACUUCUCAAGAAUGGUAGAGAGAUAUGCGCUGUCCAUCUACUACAAUGCCGUUAUCUCUUGGAGCGGAGACUCCUAUAAGGACUUCCUCAAAGCAGCUGCCAUGCUUGGUCCUAUGAGAGACAACCUGAUGCAUCACUUUGAAAUGGCGCCUGCUGCAAGCAUGCGUUGUCAACAAGCCCUCGACCAGAUUCAAAGCAGACCCAAGACGCAGCCUGAUUCAUCCGUUGGCCAGCAACCUUCCAACGAAGCCGAGGGGCCAAUGUGGCAGAGAGCAUCUCAACCCCUCGCUUUCACAACCACAUAUCACAACCUGAUGGCAUUCAGUCCUUCUAUGUCCAGUGCUAUCGAACUUGAUCCUUUGCUCCAGACUACCUAGUGCAGUACUAGACUCUCAAACACCAGCCCCAGGUCGACCUUCAAGUCAUGUCCCAACAACACCGACAGUACGAUGCCAACAGCAAACUCCUCAGUCGCUUCUACGCACCGUUGACUUUGCUGAAGGUGCUGGAUCCAUGCCGAGGAGCGCAACAGCCCGAUCUAAUAUUGGAUACCAGUUUCAACGAGCAAGCAACACUUUGGCGCGACUUUCUCGAUCAACUUGCAUACCUGUGCGAUUUUGAAAAGGGAGGAGAUACCGUGACGGCGAUUGCUGUCCAGAGGAAUGCCGAAUAUCCAAUCUUUUGGCUAGCGACCAAUUGCCCCAGACCCAGGACGAGAACUAAAGCACGAAAACACCUCAGUCGGGUGCUUGGGCUCCUGGAUGAGAUCCAUACCACCCAAAAGCCAGUUUCCGAUGUCGAAAAUGAUAUCCUCAGUCGAUGCCUCGCGUCCAGCAGUCAAAGGAUCAAGGUGUAUUCAUCACUCCUCAUGAAGGCCAUAAGAGAAGCUAGACGAAUGUUGAAACAAAGGACGGACUCUGAAGCUGUGAUCCUCUCGAAUGAAAUUAAGCGACUGGCUUCUCUCGUAUCUAAGCCGGAUCAACUGUGCUCUCAUGCUUACAAUCUUCGGAAGCAUACCCAACUUAUGGAAAUUCUUAACCGACAUCACCAUGCACACUCAAAUCGUGGCGUAUGGUCUGACAUUCGUCACCACAUCGGUCGAUUAGGUAGCUGGACCAAAGCUGUUCGUAUAGUGAUCCGCGGUGCGAUGACCUUCCCGCAAAGAUUCGAAAGUGCUCAGGUUCGAGUCAUCGUUACAAGUGACAAAGCCGACAUACCAAACAAGUGCAAUCUGACCAGUCUGGACGACAUUGUGAGACGCACAUUACCUGUAACGCAACAUUCUCUGGUUGAGGAGCUCUGCGAGGCUCUUGCUACAACCAAUGAUGUGACAAAUAUCCAGGAAGAGUUUUGGGACAUCUAUGCCAAAAUCAAGCCACGACCACACGCCGAGUUACUCGUCCUCGAGCACUUCCAUCAAAAACGUCUCGAAUUCACCGCAAAUGAGCGAUAUAUCGGCUGUAGCAAACCGUCAUGCUACUGCUGUCACAUCUACAUGCAAUGCCAUCCGGGACGAUUUUCUCCUCGACCAACUCACGGAAAUCUAUGGAUUCAAUGGGCACCUCCACUCGUUUUGCCGCCUGCUUCUCGAAAUCCGAAUGCGCCACGUCCACAGAAUCAUCACACAUUCAAGAUGCUACAGGCAAUGUUGAUCCCAAUCCGUCUGGACCUGCAAGAACAGAUCAUGUCGAGAAGGCCUAAGCGGAAAAAGGAGCCAGAUUCAACUACCGGAAUGUCGAGCGUUGCCAUCAUGCAUCAUGGAAUCGGCGUGCCGGACACAGGGACACUUGCUGAUUCCACGACUGUCGUUCUUAAUACUACUACACUUGAGUCCUACCACAUCCAUGAUGAUGACAAAGACCCUUUCGAGUCUAUUGGCAACGCAUCAUCUACACCAUCAUCGAUUGACUGCCAAGCGGACAGGAAUAGUCCACAGUUUUCAGCAAGGAGCGACGGCGAGCCAUUGGACUACGAUACAUCGUUAGAUGCCGACAUCGACUUGUCCGUUCCCGACCAUAGCGGCGAGAAAACCAGCAUCAGCACGCAUAGCAGUUGUAAUAUAACCGCUACCACAGGGAAUAGUGGCCAAACGACCUUGGCCGACAACGAAGACAGUGAUGACGAAGGAGGUGUCCUAAUCUUUCAAGGGAGAAAGCGCUAGAGGCCCCCCCCC